CGCCAUUGCUAUCCAAUGUACACAAAAUUUUGAAGUGAUGGUUGUCAAGUGUUUUAAGAGCCAUCACAGCUCUUGAUUUCGCGGUAUAAAAACAACUUGAUCAUAAAUAUUGUUUUCAAUUUGAUAGAUAAUCAUUAUUGAUGUCUUAUAAUUAUGUCUAUAAAUAUGAAGUAAUAAAAUAUUGGACAGUUUAUUUUUAUAGCGAUAAGUGAACUAAGUAAGACUCAAUAAAUAAGUAAAGAGAAUAAUAAUAAAGAGUUAAAAGUAGAAGAGUUUAAAGUUAAAGUAUUAAAGUUUGGUACUUCGGUAAGUCAAGGGAGACUACUACUUUUUGUGUAUGGGAUUUCGCAAUCGGCGCCAAAAAAUUCGAGUUUUUAAUUUUCCGAUGUGUGUGUCUAUUUAUUAUUAAAUUAGUACUUUCGAUAUGUAUUUGAGUUCCGUUUUCGGCCUUAUAAUUAGGUAGACAUCUUGGCCUAGAUUUUAAUCAAUUUCUUUUUCAUUUACAAUCAGUCAGCUUUGAGAAAAUCCUUGGUAAAUAUAAGGCAACUUUCAUCAUUAAAAUUAAGUCGAAGGAAAAAAUUUGUCACUACCAAAUUUUUUUUUGCAUCUGGGGAAUCUAUUGAUCUACAUGUAUGCCAAUUUUCACAGCGAUAAGUGUCUUACGAGAGACGCUAUGUUUCUGCGCGUUCGCAGCAGGUCAUGCAGCUCGCUCAACCUAAUUUCGCCAUGGGGUUGGCCACGCCCCCUUUUUAAUGGCGGAAGUUGCCGAUACUUAGGAAAUAUUAAUUUAUUACCACUAUUUACAUCAAAAUAUUUGAUAACUUGUGUUUCAGAAUGCAUUUUGAAGACAUUUAAACUGGAAUGUUUUAAUUUGAGCUUUAACAACCCGGUAGAAUCCAUAUUAUAAAUGAUCAGAAUUUACCGUGUGCAACACGUUGUCAUUGGCAACCAUUCACAGCCACUUGCAUAACGGCUGUAUCGUAGUACUACCUCAGAGUUUCAUUCAUAAGAGUUUGCCGUGUGCAAAAACUACUAUACCAUUGGUCAGGGAAAGCUUUAAUUAAUUAUUCAUGUGCCAAAGUUGAAAGUUUAAACUAAGUCGACCCUAAACAGUAUUUUAGUGAUAAGGCGAUGCGUUGCCUUAUAUAAAGUAUAUAGUCAUUGCGCAUGACGCGAUCAGCGGAAUGAGGUCACAAGAUGUGGAGGUUUCGUCCAUAGUAAAAAAUACCAAACGAACUCACACUUUAAAAAUUCAUAGCUCAAAAAGUACUUAAGCUAAAAAGUUGAUUCUGGUUUCAUUUUUUUAUUUGAAAUUAGCUCUAACUAACUGUGCUAUUAAAAAAAUUAUUUGAAUUUUUUUAAAUUUUGUAUCCAAGUGCCUAAUUAAAGAGUUCCGUUAGUAAAGAAUAAAGUUAAAAUUUAAGUCUAGAUAAGAGUGCAGGUAGACUAAUUAUUUAUUAGGCCUAGACUACAAUUCAAAGACAAUUUGUAUGACAAAGUCUACUAUACUAUAUUAUACUGUCUUAGUCUUGAUGUUGAUAGUGACAGGGUAUAUUAUUAAUUAAAUGGUAGCCAUAUUUCCUACCAACCAGCUAUUGUCAAAAAGUAUUGUGAAGAAUCAACAUCUGAAUUAUGAAAAUCCAAAUUUUACUAAUUUAACUUUUAUGUAUUGAGUGAUAGGUACUUUGGUAAAGCAUGGGAGACUACUAAGAGGGAAAUGGGUGUCGCACAUGAAAAUUCAAGUUUUUUUAUUUUUGAUGUUGGUGCUAUUUCAUUCAUAAAUAAAAGAAUUAUAUACUAUUUCCCACAAUUGUGUUCCUUUUCCGGCCUUUCACUUUAAGACAUCUUGGCCUACAUUUUAAUCAAUUAUUUUUCAUUUAGUCAACUUUGAGACAAUCCUUGGUGAAUAUAAUAUAAUUUAAAGGCAACUUUCAUCAUUAAGAUUAAUUUGAAAUUAAAUAUAUGCCCUUUUCAAAUUUAGUAUGCAUCUCUGGUAUAUAAUAUUGAUUUACCUGUGUGCCAAUUUUCAAAGUGCUAUGUAUAUUGCAAGAGAUUUCAUGGUUUCCAGUUUGAGCAGUAUACAAUGUAGGUCGUUCUACCCAACUUCUCUUGGAUGUGACCAUGGCCCCUUUUUAAUGGCAGAAGAUGCCGAUACUUUAGAAAUUAUUAACACUAUUUACAUCAAAAUAUUUCGAUGACUUAUGUUUUUGCAUGAACUUAGAAAAGGCAUUUAAACAAGAAUAUUUUAAUUUGAGGUUCAAAACCCCAUAGAUUCCAUAAUGUAAAUGAUGAUAAUUUGCUGUAUGCAAAACGUUGUCAUGGGCAAGCAUUCAUAGUCACUAAAUACAUCACAUUGGAAACUGGGGGCGGUGGGCCAUCGAGCACGAGCUCUUAAUCCCCCCCCCCCCCCGGCACACCUCCACAUGGGCCAGAUGCCGGGUUUCUCUGCCGACAGACCAUGCGUUUGCACGCCGGGAACCUCCCCCUGGCCUGGAGGACAUCCGGUCGACUGAAUGAAAACACUGCGUUUAAAGCGCUCGCAGCCAACUCUCCCAAGGGUUUGGGCGGGAUUACUUCCCCUCUGGGGAAAUGGUGUGGCAUUACCACCCCAAACAGCCCAGGGAGUCUUUCAGUUUGGAUAAAAGCUGGGACAAAACUGUUGCCUUGGAACAGCUUUCUCAAGCCUGCAUAGCUAAAUUCAUCGUCAUGGGUUUUUCUGCCAACUAAGCCUCAUAUCCAUAAACGGCAACAUGUAAUCAUGUUAUUGUGUUACUACUCAUGUUGCAUUGGGAAUCAUGCGGUGUGCCGGGGUCUUUUGCUUCGGGUGGACAGGUCCACCCUACUAGUCCACCAUGCCACAAAGAGGCAAACCCCAUGUGGACGCCCCCAAGUUUCCACGAAGAUGCUUCCGCUCUCGCGGAACUGAUUCACAGUCACUUGAAUGUGCUAUACUACUACUAUAGUAUUAUUCUCACAGUUUCAUUCAUAAGAGAUUGCUGUGUGCAAAAGCUUUUAAUUCAUUGGUCAGGGAAAGCUUGAAUUAAUUAGUCAUGUGCAAAAGUUGAAAGUUCAUAAUUGGUAUACAGAAAAUCCAUAUUGCAGCUAGUAAAUUAACUGAUAAUACAAAUUACAUAGUUAGAUAAGUUACAAUUUAUUUAUAAAUGCAUAAUAUAACGCUACAGGAAACUUAUAAAAACUAUAAAAUUGUAAACUGUAAAACAUAUGAAUGGCUGAUAUUCUAAGACAUACGGUUGGCCUAAUGGCAGGUUAAGGGGCUCCACCAUAAAAAUUGAUUUUAAAAAUGGGCUUAGCAAGUCAAAAAGGAUGGAAAUUACUGCUAUAGUCUAUAGGACAGCAUUUUUAUUGUGUUUUUUUUACUCAAUGAACUGUCCAAAUUGACUGACUGACUCACUCAUCACAGCUCGGUCACUGCAGGAUGCAUUUCCAUGUCUAUCAUUGAUAAAUAUUGUAAUAAACAAGCCUAAACGCCCAUCAUCCAUGCAUGUGCGGUACUAAACAUAUGUCAACAAGUGUUCUUAAUUAUGCAAGUCGAAUGAACCGAUUAUUGAUAUAUCACACCAACUAAACAGCCUAAUAGUUAAAGGCUAAUUCGAUAUACCUACAUUUUAUUCAAUUCAUUGAUCGUGGGCCCUCAAAAUAGAGAAGAAGAAGAAGAAAAGGAACUUUCAAAUCUUUUACUCCUUUACCUAAUUUACUAUUUUAAAAAAACACUCUCUUUUUGCUAGAGCCAUAUUUAUCACUGAAGUUAAUGUUUUUUUACCACAUGGUAAAUGUACCUUUUCGUAUGUUAGAUGUUCCCUUGGUAGACUAGGUGGUGCAAUAAGGAUGCUGUGCUGUGGAGAACAAAAAAAAGCUACCUUAUACAACUUAUAGUCUAAAUCAGAGCUCUGCAACAUUUUUUCUUGUUACACACCCUAGGCUUUUCAAAGAACUUUGCUGCAUAUCAAAAGUAAAAAAUUUGUACUGCUGUUUUUGUGCACAUAUAUAUUAUAUACUCUGUGCUUUUUCUCCUCUUGGAGACAGUUUGUGUGGCACAACUAGCAUAACCUCACGGUUUAUCAGUGUGACAUUGCACACCAAAAUGGACCCUUGGUCUAACUUAAUAGUGAACUAGUAUACUUUAAUCUAUUUACACACCCAAAUAAAAGGAUGCAAUUGUGUAAUAAAAUUAAUUAAUUACUAUAAACAAACUCAAAUCAACUCAACUCAUCAAAUUAUAAAUGAUGCCUUUUCUCCCAAUUAGGUUAGUGCAGACGAGGAGAGGAGUUAGGACAUUUUUUAAAACAAAACUUCACAUGUAAGCAUGUCAAAACCUGAACUCAUUUUUUGAAUAAACACUCAAAUUUUGUUAAAUAUCUGUAGUACGGUACCUAGAAAAUUCUACAACAUACAUUAUAAGUGGCCAUUCAUAAAUGAUGUCAUAGAUCGGGUGGGGGAGAGGGUCCAUGUGAUAAAGGUGUCUAAUUUGUAUUACCCAUUUGUGAUGAUUGGGGAGGUAGGUAAAGAAGAUCAAGCAAAAUAGCAUGAUAUCAUUUAUGGAUCGCCUCUAAAUCAGAUUCUUCAAGACAGUAACAGCUAGAACUGAAAUUGCUUAAUUGAAGAUCCUUUUUUUUCUAAAUUAAAGAAGCUUUCAGGCCAUUGCUCACAAUUGUUCUCCAUGUCAAAUUGGUAGUAUAGUAGUAAUCUUAAAUCAUGUGCAUCCUUACAUUAUGCUCAUCUUUUUCAUCACUUAUCCUAACCCUUCUUUAAGGUACCCUAAUAGCAAGAAGACAGGAACACUGCUAGAGUUUUCAUAAAUAAUGCCUCACAAAUUACACUUCAAAGUCAUCCAUGCAUCUGGUCAAGACGAUGUCUAUAGGGCUAGUGAACUGAACCACCAUAGCCCAUUAACCAAGGGAUGGCAGUCAGCAAGGUCAACAUUUUUUUAUUUUAGUUUUGUAUUUUCAUAACAUUUUUGGUAUUAAGAUUGAGUUUGAAAACGAAAGAUUAAAUGGUUAAUAAAUAAACUAUGUAUAUUUGCAGGUUCUGCUUAUACCCACAAGAUAUGGUUAUACAACUUGAAACAAGAUCAAGGCUACGGAAGAUUCAGAUUUUGUCUCAUCAAUACCUUAUUCGUAUGUUCUAAAUUAUAAGUACCGAUAGCAAUGUUCUCAAUUAGAAGUAACUAUGUUCUAAAUCAUGGAAACAUAUGUUCUUAAUCAUGUGUAGCAAUGUUUGGCCCCAUAGAUUUUACUGAAUUUAUUCACAAAAGUUUCUUUCCCUGUUGUACAAGCUUAAUGAAUUUAAAAAGAAAUGUAUAAUUUAUAUAUAUUUGUUUUCAGAGUUUACUAAUUUAUGAUUAUUGUAUUAUAAAGAUUACUUAAGCCUUGAAAAUAGAAGCAUAUAAAUAGAGAAACAAAAUUGCUAAAAAAUUAAAAAUAUGUGUUAUAUAUUUAAUGACAAACACACACCCCCAACCCCCCCCCCCCCCCCCCCCCCCCCCCACACCCCAAUUCUCAGGAGAUACAUAUGAAAAUAGCUUUUACAGGGUCCAUUUUUUUUAAAACUCAAACAUUUUUUUACAGCAACCAAAAUAGAAUUCUUUGUGGGUGAUGUUCCUGAUGGUACACUGCUUACUUUAGAUAGUGCCAGAUAUGCAAGGCUAGGGUAAGGGAAACUUUUAUAAAAAAUUAUUCGUAGGACUUUCUUUCUGUGCAAGGAAUAUAAAAUACUUAAUAAACAAAUUGUUUGGAUUUUGACAUUUUGAAGGGUUGUAAAGAAGGAAAUUGAAUUUUCACAUCCUAAGCGAAUACUAGCAAUAUAGAAAUUUAAACCACCUUAUAAAAUUUAAGGGAAAAUGAAUUAAAUUUAAUUACAUAUUUAAAUUAUAACUGUCUUGACUAAAUAUCUUUUAUAAAUGUGAAGAUCGCAUAUAUGAAAAAUGAAUAGUUAAUUUUUAAAAAAAAAUGAAAUAGAUAAAAAAAAACAAUGAAUAGACAUCCAUUUAUGGGCAAUUAAUAUUUUGGUUAAAUGAGAGUAAUUUUGUGAGUGACAUAUGAUAUCAUUAACAUUUUCAUUGCACUUCUAUUUAUUUUUGCUUAAGAUAUGUCUCACUGUCGGACAAUGAAAAGACAGGCUACAAGGCAAGGGAGCUAAAAUCUGUACAUGUAGAUGCAGUAGGGCAUUUUCUGAAGCUGAACAUUCACAAAAAUCAUGUCAACAAACACAACUUGUAUAACCAGGUUUGUUCUUAUUUAAUUAUAAUAAUGCAUUUUGAAACCUAUUUAACAAGCACAAACUUGUAUCAGCUAUCACCUCAGAAAUCAUUUUUGAAGAAGAGAUUUAAUGUCUUUGUAAACUUUAGAUUUGUGCUGUAAGCCUUUGCAAAUAUAUUUUGGUUUUAUAUUCUUAAAAUAAUAAAUACCGGUAACUCAACAUCCAAUUUAUGCUUUUAAUAACGAGAACAAAAUUCUUGGAAAUGGCUUAGUAUUAAAUAAUGCUCAGUGGGUAGGGAGUUGGGCGAGAGCAAUGUUAGAUAACAAAUCUUUUAUGCAUUUUUUUUUUUUAAAUUAAUUGUUUUUUUAAAAAAUUAAUUGUUAUUUUGUAAAAACUUCUGCUUUUAAAAUGUACAAAAGGUCGUAGAUUAUCAUUAUCAUAAACCAAAAUGUAUUUUUUUACAAUACUUUGCACAUUUUUGUAAAAAAUAAAAAAAAUGCUUGUUUUUUUGGAUGUUAUUAGUUAUUUAACGGAGAGGGAGGGGGGGGUGUGUGUGGUUUGCUAGAAAUGUUAUACAAUAUGAGGGCUGUGGUCAAUGGAAAUGGUCAAAGCUCAAGCGACACCGGUCCAAUCUUCAAAUUGGCUGAUACCACCAAAGUUGGCUUAAUAUCUGAAGGAGAAGGUCUAUACCGCAAUUUAGUGACAAGCUUUAUCAAUUGGUUCGAUGAAAAUUUUCUCCAGCUGAAUGUCUCAAAAACAAAGGAAAUGGUUGUUGAUUUCAGGAGGGGGAAACACCAGAUUACAGAUCUCAACAUAAAAAUCAAAGUGUAGAGAAAGUGGAAGUAUACAAGUACUUAGGUGUCACCAUUAAUAAUAAGCUAACAUGGCAUGAGCACGGCCAAAUGCUGUAUAAGAAAUUCAACCAAAGACUGUUCUACCUCAAAAAACUGUACAAUUUCGGCGUCAACAAACAAGUCGUUAACUUAUUCUACAGUGCAAUAAUUGGAAGCCUACUUAAUUUCAGUAUUACCUGCUGGUGUGGGAAUUCAACGUCCGAUAUUAAAAACUGCAUAAACCGACUAAUCAAGAAAGCUAGGAACAUAACACAAACUAAACAUCCUUCACUUGAAGAACUAUUUGAAGAAAGAUGUUUAACUAAACACAUUUUGGAUAAUACAUCUCACCCUCUUCAUCACAAAUACUUCGGGCGGUUCGGGACGAAUUCUUUCCAUCAGGGCAAGGAGUGAAAGAUAUAAAAAUUCUUUUAUUCACCAAUCUGUACGAAUUUACCGGCGUGCUCUCUCUGAAGUCACACAUCUUCAUGAGAACUAAUAAAUCCCCGAUUUGGCUAAGAGAACUCACUGAAUGGCUGUUGGGGAUAAUUUAUUAUAAAUGUCUUGUCUUCAAAUUGUUUUAUUUAUGUGCUGAAAAUGUAUAAUGCAAUAAAAAAACAUUUCCAUUUAUUUGGAUCAAUAAAAGAAUCUUAUCUUUUCAAUCUUAUCUUAUAUAAUGUUUUUAGGGGUAGGGUGGUGGGUCAAAAAUGUAAUUUUAAAAAAAUAUAAUAUAUGCAUGGCCUCUAACCUGUGUACAUAUUAUAUGCAAUCUGAACUAGUUUGUCUCCAUCUAUUGUCUCUAAUAUUAACAAAGUAAUCUUCAAAGAUAGCAGAAGAUUUUUUUUAAUGACUUCUCCUUUAUUGUUUUGUGAUUAUUUCUUUUUCAGGUUGGAAUUAUUGCAAUCAAUGUAAUAGGAGAUGAGCUUAGGCGGCCUUAUGACAUCACUGACCCGGUUUGUUAACAGUUUCAAUAAUUUUUUUUAUGUUAAAGUUAAAUUUUGGGCAAUAACAAAUAUAAAUUUUGUGCUUUGUGAUGUUUUAGGGAUGACUUUGAACAAAAUCUAUGUCAGAGUUUAAAAUAAGAAAAAUGAAGCGAUCAAUUUUAUUAAUUAAUAUUAUGUUAUAUUAGGAUGUUUUAAAUAAAUUUUUUGUUGCUGAAUAGCUCGCUACUUUAUGAAAAUAAAAACAUGCUGCAGGUUUAAAUAUAUUAAUUUUUUGGUUUUCCUGUGUUUUUUUCUCAGGAUUUGCUGCUUGAAGACAACAGAGUUGAUAGAGAUCCAGCACUGGAAGGCUUGUUUAACAAGUUAGCCACUCAUGUUGUAUUUCCUUACCAGAAUGCUAAUUUGAUUUUAAAAUAAUUGUAAACAAGUAACCCGGUGUUUUCUAAUUGUUGUUCCAUGGAUUGCAGGGAGGAGGUUGGAAAAAAGCUAAAUUUAACAAAACCAUGUCAGUCUCAUCAAAAACAUCAGCUUAGUUUUGAAAAAAAGUCUACAAUUGGAAUGAAAUAUGGGGAAACUUUUUGGCUGAAAGCAUAUUCAAUACUUAUGCAUAGGCAUACAAUUUUAUUUAAUGAGCAAGAGUGUGUAAGCCAAAUAUCUUAAACCGUGGUCUCCUAACAUAUGACAUGAUUGAAGACCUUUAUCCGUAAUAUUUUAUUGAAUAGGGUCCUCCCACAAAAUUUUUUAAAGUUAAGAAUUUUGUCAAAUAGUCAAAUUUAGGUCCGCUGUUGUAAAACAUUCCUUUCUCAGAUUCUUCAAUACUCACAUGUUUAUUAUUUUUUCAUCAUUUAAAUUAAUGUAACUGAAUUUAAUUCCAGACCAGACUACAUCUCCCCUCUUGACGACUUAGCGUUUGAUAUGUAUCAGGAUCCUGAGAUUGCACAAAUUAUCAGGCGGCUGGAAAGGAAGAAACAGGAAGCAGUUCUCCGUAUGUAGCCUUUUCAGUCAACAGCACUUUUAAAGAUCAGCAUUUUGAAUAGAUUAACACUCUUCCAUUUUAUAUUGAUCAAUCGUUUUGUUAACUGUCUUUAAAUGGAACUAUUUUCCAUGUUUUAAAUACAAUUUCAAUUAAACAAAUCCAGAGAGAAAAAAAAAUUGUACUUAGUAAUAAUCAGUUAACAGAAAACGUGAACUGUUAAAAGUAAAUCCUCUAUUUUAACAUCCUUGAUAUUAACAAACUUCUGUGAAAUCUUUAUCUUUUUUUCUCUUUUUUUUUAAAUCUCACAAAUGGUUUUAAUGUAUGCAGUAAAAAAUAUCAAAUUAAUAAAAGUACUGCUGUGAAAAUGCUGUUAAUUUUAUUUGGAGUUCAAGAAAGAUUAUGAUAUGUAUGCCUCAGAAUCAUAUACUAGUAAUUAUAAGUUGUAUACCAAUGAGAAGAAAGUUUAUUUCAAGUAUAAAUGUUUUUAAAACUGAAGUUUAUUACUAAUGCAUUCACUAAGUUCACCUUAAAAAGUAAAAACACUUUUUGCUACUUUUUGUGCACAAAUGUUCAAUGAUCAACUCUUUGUUAUCUGAUUUUUUUCGUCACAGUUUUUGUUAGACCUCAUCAUUAAUUUAUAAUUGUUGGCCUUAAUGCAUUAUAUUUUUUUGCUACCAACUUUACUUUAUCUAUUUUAUCUAGAGGAGCGUUAUGAUUAUGCCAAGAGGUUAAAGCAAGCCAUUGCAGAGUUACAGAAAGUAAGUCUUGAAUAUAGCCAACACAUUGUUAAUAAUUUUGCUAGUUGUGCACAUUCACUUUCAAUAGAAUAAUUGCAGAAUUGUAAUUGGAAUGCACUUAGUAUAAUCAAACUCUGAUAUUAAAAACAAAACUGUGCCUUCUGUAUUUAAACAUAUUCAUUCUCGUCAUAUAUAGGAAAUUUAUAACACAUAAAAAUUUCUUUGACUUAUUUUCACAUAUUAUUUUGGAUAAAUUAUAUGUGGUUAAUAAAAUUAUUCAUUGUUAAGGCAGAGAGAGAGAGAUGGAAGCUUCAUGCGAACUGGAGGGAAAUAGUUUCUUUUCUUUAAAAUGCACUAAAAUGCUGAAUGAAUAUAAUCUCCAAUAUUGGCACAUUUUAGAACUGAAAGGCAAAUUGCAGAAAAUGUGCAUAUACAGCUUUAAGUAGUUAUAGUUAAAUUAUUAUAAAAGAUAUACCAUGUGAACACCAUAUUAGCUAUACUCAUUUGGGAUAUUUAAACACUAGUUUAAAUUUUUCUUCAUUUUUGGAUUUCCUACAUGUAAUUUUAAAAAAAUGUUCAAUUUUUUUGAAGUUUUCUUUUUUGUUUUUUAUAUAUAAAAAUACAUAUUUGUGUUUUGUCAAAAGAUAAGCUUAUGAAUAUGGUUAGCUCUAAACAAAAUUCAAAAUGCAAAUUAGAUGAUUAAUUAAAUUAUACAUUUGACACAGCUAUUCACUAUGACAGUAUGUCUAAAAUACUCUUCACAGGCAGGAAUUGUAAACCACUAUUUGGGGGAAGAAAAUUAUUAUGAGUAUUUGGUAACUGGAAACAUUUCUAUGUAGGAAAAAAUAUUAAAUUAUAAUGAUAAUAUUUUUUCCCCAUUAUAUUUUAUAAAUUUAAUCAACUCUUCUUGGAAUAAUUUUGUUAAAAAUUGUCAGAUAUUAUUCAACUAAUUCCUCCCUUCAGCUUGACCUUCCAGCCCCACAACCUCAAAUGUUUAUAUUGUCUAGCAGAAUUAAAGUACUAUAAAGUUAAUAUUAAAAAACAAACUUGUAACUUAGCAAAAUUAUAUGUUUAAAUUUUAAAAAAUUAAGUUUAGAAUUUUUUUUGCAAAAGGAAUAAAAUUGUGACUUAUGAUUUCAUUAUUUGUAAUAACACAAUCAAAUGAUUUUUAAAAAUCAAAAUCAUUAGUCUUGAAAAUAAGAAUUUUUGAAAACACAAUGGUUUAGUAUUUAGUGUCUCCAACAUUGACAUAGAAAUAAUAUUUUUUUUUGUGUUUAUCCUUUUGAGUGAUGUAUCUUUUAAAAUUAUCAAGUACUUUUUAAUAAUAAAAUUGGAAAUGUUAAGAUAAGAUACAAUUUUAUUCUUUAGAAUGGCUUAGAGAAGAAACAUCAAAUCUUAAAUUAUUUCAUUUACUUUUUUAUUUACAUUAAAAAAUGUAGUUUCUACAUUUAAAAAAAAGAAAAAAGAAGUAGUUACAUUUUCAAUUUCUCUUCUCCCCCCCUCCCCCAAUCCCUUUUUUCAAGCCUUUGAAACUGCUCAAUGCACUGUUUUUAUGUUAUUUGAAAUUUAGACUUCUAUUAAAAGAGUUGUAAUAUAGUCACUAAAAUGUGUGUAUCUUACUUUUUUAAAAAACAAGCUCCAAAAUAACCAUUAUAAUAUUACCUUUUUAUAGUAUUAAUUAUUAUUUUCAAGGAAAGUAGUUUUUGUCUGAAUUCUUAAAGUUAGUUUAAAAUGAGCAGAUAAUUAUUUAUGCAUGGAAUUGCUUAUUUAAAUUAAGUAGAAGAUAUACCACUUUUCCACCUUUUAUUUUUAUCCUAUAAAUUAUUACAGAGCAUUAUUUACAGCAUCUCGACAGUUUAUUUUCCAUUUUCCCUAUACUUUUUUCUACAAAGUUUUAGAAUAAACUGCAGAAGCAAAAUAUAUAAUUAAAGGAGAUGAGUUCAAAAGAGAAUUUUUUUUUCACAUAUGAUAAUUCUGAAAAGUAAUUUUCAUUUUUUUUUAAAUUUUAUAUGACUUCUCAUACAAUCAAAGUAUUAUUAUUUUUACUUUUAACCUCUCUUUUUUUUAUGUCUUAUUUCAUUUUAAUUUUCUUUUUUUAUAAUUUUUAAAAAUUAAAGUUUUUGGCUUACAGAAAAAUUGGAACAAAAUUUAAAUAUUGGAUUUUUUUCAAAAAUGAAGUAUUUAUAUUGAUAAUGUUUCCUAAUUUUUAAAAUUGAAAAUUUUAUGUUGUCUAAGGCUUAUGUAAAUUAUUUCUUAACAUUACAAGAAAUCAGAAUUUUGCUGUAGAACAAUUCUAAAAGCUAAAAAAAUAUGAUUACAAAUUUUUUUGUAAGCUGUUGAAGGUCUAUGAAUUAUUGUUAUUUUUAGUUUAUUGUGUGUGUCUCCAGGGGAAAAAACUCCACUUUGUUGUUUUAUAGAAUUUUUCAUUAUCCACUCUAAGCAUAAGAGUACAUUUUGUACACAUUUAUUUAUGAAGAAAUAUUAAUUAUCAUUGACAGGUGGGUGAAAAACUUGGUAAAAUGGAGGUAGAGAAACGACAAGCUGUUGAGAACGAAGACUAUGACAAAGCAAGGGUAAAGAAAUUGCAGAUGGAUGAAUACAGACUACAGAUAUACAAGGAUUUGAACCUAAAUGAUUUAUUGGAGUUGACAGGGGUAAUGACAAUUUAAAUUAUGGCAUGAAUGUCAAGUGGCACAGUGCAUGGAUGAUGUACACAACUUUUAGGGAAAUUUUUCUGUUUUUUGUUAGUAAAUGUAAAUAAUAUACAUUUAAAAAAAUCAAUUUUGAAGUUGAUAAAACUGUAGAAUUCUUUACAACAUAGCACAUUUUUGUAAUAGGAAAAAGUCCCAUGUGUUUGGGCUUAACUAUUUGCAAACUGGGUUGUUUUCUGGGUGCAUACUAAGUUAAAAUUCUGCUGCAUGAAAAAACGGGGCUGACAGGAAACACAAACACUUUUGAGCCCUGUACCUUUGACUCCUGUAUCAGACUGAAAACGAAAUAAAUAAAAAAUCAGCUGUUACCGAUUAUUACCGUGUAUAAUUCGCACCUCUAACUGUUGAAAAAAAGCCUUGUUAUUCUUUUUCCAUAAUAACACAAUAUUCAUUAAUGAAAUAAAUAUUUAUUCAUAAUAAAAAUGUCAAAAUCCUUUUAAAAUAUUAUAAUAUUUAAAAUGAACUGUUGUCAUAAUGAUACAACUAUGCUAGUAUUCUGUGCAACUGGUUUUACUGACAUCACUGUUGGUAUGUGCAGAGAUGAUGUGUUCUCGCCAAAUACAAUUGGGGCAUAGUGGAUUUGGUUGCAUAGGCUUUAAAAUAUAUAGUUUAAAGAGUAAUGAAAAAUUGUGUACACUCUUGUAUAAUUUUGAAUCCCGUUUUUAAAUAGUGUUUUUUUACUGUAAAUUACUCCCACUAUACAUGUUAAUAUACGGUAAAACAUUCAACAAAUUAUGAAGUGUUAGUUACUUGAUACUCAUGGAAACUUAAUGGUUUCAAUUUAAGUGAGUCUCCUAUAAUUGGUUAUUUAAAUAUCUGAUUUAUUGUCAUUCAAUGAAAACAGGCCUCAAUAACUUUAAAUCUGAUUCUAGCAAAGCCGCUGAUUCUUUUUGAAUUAUCUUAUAAUUGCAAGCGGUUAAAAUUUUCUCCAGAGUCGACAUCCUCAGUACAUCGACCUUGAACCCAUCCGUCAGCCCACACCUCCUCGACUGGAAGAGUUACUUCCACCACCUCCUCCCCGCACGCCACCUCGAUAUGAUGAGUGGCCAAUCGCCCACAAGUAAGUGAUCAUUUUAUUGGUUUGUGCCAUCCAGUCAGACAUGUUAUGCACUAGAUUGUAGAUAGAUUAGAAAAUCAUAACCCUUUUAUUCUAUAGUGAAAUCUUAUAAUAAUGUAUUCUUAUGGAAUCUCUGUAGCCUAAUUAGCUUAAGUUAAUCAUAAUUAACAUUCUUGUAUUAAAUUAUUAUUCUUGCAGCAUGCACCAAUUUUUGUAUUCAUUAUAAUCAGAUCAUUAAACUCACACUGAGAAAGUUCUACCCUUUAUUUAUUAGAAUACACCAGGACAGAGUUUUUAUUAAUUUGUUCACAAUUUAAUUGGAGAACACUUAAAAAUGAACCCAGAGAAAACUGGAAUGAAUAUUUUGUUCAAGAAUCUGAGCGGACUUUUUCUUUAUCAGCAAUGUAAAUGUCUAAUAAGAAUAUAAUUAUAUAUUAAUUUCUCAAAUCCCUUGUUGGCGUAAGUGCAUGACACAUUCACACACACUUAUAUAUAUAAUGUAUAUAUAUAUAUAUAUAUAUAUAUAUAUAUAUAUAUAUAUAUAAAAACUACUUAUAAAAAAUAAAUAAUUACAAUAUGCAACAAACCAGAAGCUGAUGACAUGAUAACUGAUUUCAAUAGAUUUACAAACUUUCAAAUAUGAUACCUAACCCUGUGAAAUGGUUAAUUUUGAAAUGCAUGGUUUGAUGUACCAUGUCAUUGCUUUGUUACUGCUGUCUUGUUUUGUCUCUGAAUUCAUACAUUUAAAUUUAACUAGCCUGAAUUUAUUUCAGUAUAGGAAAUUUGGGACCAAACAAAAUAGUAUUAAAAAUUAUAGCUCACAUCAUUUUAAUAAACAGGGAAAAAGUCGAACUUCCAAUGCCCACCCUUAUGUUACUAUGCCCAUACAAACUCUUCUAUGACACUUUUAAGCUGGACACUGCAAAGUGGAAUGUCCAGGAGAUGAUGUAACGACCAUUUUAGGUUUAGGUUGGGGUGUGGGGCUUAUAUCAAAUGAAUGGAUAUUGGGAUGGGCUUUUAUAAUAUCUGUUAUAAAUUUUUUUUUUAAACCCCUCGGGCCUAACACAGAGCUUUCUGGAAAAGGUAGACUUUUGUAACUUAAGCCAAAUUUCAACUUCAUAUCUAAUGAAACAGUUUCAUCCUACGACUAUGAUCUUUAGAAGUUAUUUACUUUGUUGAAUGUAUGGCAGGACUGUAGCUUAUUUUGAUGCCCAUGAUGACAUGCCCUUACCUAACAAUAGGAGGUAAAGAACAAAUUGUUCAAUUUAUUUUGUUAGGAAUUCAUAAUUCCAUUUAAAUUUAAUUUUGAUAAAAGCAUUUUGUACUUGCAUUCACACCAGAGAAAAUGAAAGUACUUUUGCUUAUUAAAUUCCUUAUUAUGUUACAAUUCUAUUUUUUUAUAUUAAUACAUAUUUACACAUAACCCUCAUUAAUGAAGUAAAAGAAAUUUACCAGUAAAUGCUAUCAUCUGCUAGUUUAUUGUAAUCAGAUUAAAAAACUUUCACAGUGUAACUCCUGUCACUGCUAUCCAUCAUGCAAAAAAAUUAUUAAAAAUGGUUUUCAAAGGAUUAUAAUAUUGUUUUUAUUUGGCAAACCAAUUAUUUGUUGCAGAUAUCCAAAUGUUUAAAUUAUUAACGAUUGGUUAUUACGCAUUCACAAAGUUAAUUAUCCAACUGUUCCUUACUGCAAGGUUCAGAUUGAAAAGAUAAGACAAUAAGCAGCCAUUGAAAUUCAAUAAUUUCAUUCUUUUUUCCUGCUCCGUAAUGAAAAUGUAUUACCAUGGUUUGAUGUGUGUUCUUGACCACACACAAUCAGUGUAAGAUAUUUUACUUCAUGCUAUGAAACAUUUAUUACUGUGUGCAUUACACAUACUGCACUGCAUUGGAAAGACUCAGUGACACAACAUUUAAUACCUGUUUUAGCUGCGAUUCUCUGUAACUUUUCCCUUACCUGUCCUUGUAUUUAUUGCACUACUGCUGGGGGAAAACAACAAAUUUUACGGACUAUAAGAUACACUUUUUUCUUUGAAAAAUUGCCUCCAAAGCUCAGAAAUUAAUAUAAAAAUGUAUGGGCAUUUUAACAAAACAAAAAUUUGCUUAAAAAUUAAGGUGCGUCUUAUAGUCCGUAGCGCCUUAUAGUCUGUAAAAUAUGGUAAUUUCUUCUUCUUCUUCUAUAUCUUAAGGGCCCACGAUCAAUUUAUUGAUCAUUUUGGCUCCUUAAUUUUGGAUUAAUUUGUUCAAUUAAAUAAUAAUUAAUUUUCUUAAAAUUUUAGUAAUUUUCUUAUGCAGCUUUCUGUCAAAUGAUCUUAACAAGUUCAACAAACGCAGUUUUAUUUAUUAUAGAGUAGUUCAAUUCUUGAAUAAUGUUAUAUUUGGAGCAGAUUUAUUAUGUUAAAAAAAAAAGUAUAUUUUUGAAACACAAAACUCUCUUAUGCAGUUUUAUCUUUUUACUAAUAAUAGAUCACUAAGCAGGGCUCUCAAAUAAAUAGGUCACUUGCAUCCAAAAAAGUCCUUUAUUGGGGAGGACAAAAUAAUAAAGACUAUGAUAUUUCAGAGGAAUUUAAAAUUAAAGAAUAAAAAAAAAUCCCAUCAAAGUGUGGAGCAAUUCAAAACAUGGCCAGUCAUGUGGCUUAAAUAAUCUUAAAAUGCUUAGUGAAAUUCAUUUCAAAAUUUGAGUACAGCUUUUUUUUUUUAUUUUUUUUUUUUAAAAAAGGUUCUAUAGUUUUCCAUUUAUAUACUUAAAUAAUGAUGUUCAAUUGUUAAAUGGCUAUUAAGCCACAUAAAUCACACUUUAAUUUCCCCCUGAAGAUUGUUUGAGUUCUCCUGACUUAUUAGCUACACAUCUGUAAUUAACCAUUGAAGGGUACCAUUAACAUAGCUGAUUUUCUCUUUAAUUAAGUAAAGAUAAUUUGAGCCAUUUCAUUGUUAGCGCCUGAUUAAUCUAACUAAUGCUGUCUGUAGCAAAGCAGUAGUUGAUGCGUUAGAGUUACCAGCGGAAACCCCAGUGGCAUCUCCGCGACCUUUGGACAACAAGUCAAAAAACAACUCGCCUCGCACACCGCAUGAAAAUAAGCGUCUGCCUGGCCCCAAAUUAAAGUGAGUGGAAGUGAUGGUGAUGUAGUGUCAAAUUUCGAGCACGCAUGUCUUGAGCAUUCCACUUAUUCCCAACGCACCCUGUAUAUUCCAAAUGUGUGAUGAGCUGAGGUGUUUUUUUUGCAUUUAUUUUUUCAGAUACAUUUUAAACGAGUCUUGUGUGUUAUUAGAAUUGACUUAUUAUUUUACUCUCUUUCUAAAGUUAUUAUUAAAUGUUAUGCAUCUUAAAAGCGUCUUAUAAAAAAAAUGCACUUUUCUUUUUUUUUUUUUUUUUUUUAAAAAAAGGUUACAAUUUUUUUUGUUUAAAAUUUUAUUUUCUUUUAAAAAAUUUUUAAGUUAUUUUUUUUUUACGUCUUAUAAAAAAAAUGCACUUUUCUUUUUUUUUUUUUUUUUUUUAAAACAAAGUUACAAUUAUUUAUGAUUAAAAGUUUACUUUCCUUUAAAAAAUGUUUAAGUUAUUAUUUUUUUAGUCAUAUCAAAAGAUGCAGUGACAUAAUCAUGCUUACCAACUUAACCAAAAGUAUUAUUAAAUUCCAGAUUAUAUCUCAUCUUUUUAAUGCAGGCAUGUACAAGGCAUGUUUUUGUUAACCUGUCAGUUAAUAUGCUUGAAUUUUGUUUAGUGAUUUAUCUGCUUUAUAAUUGAGGAGGGAUUAUAUAAAUGAGUUGCACUAAAUGGAUUGGGGGGGGGGGGCGCCGGGUCCUUAUUUUAGGGUAUGUGCAUAAUUAUUUGGUUUGGUUUAUAAUUAUGUGUGUCAACAUCUUGAACACAUUUAGCCUGCUAGUCCUGAGAUGCAUGUAACCACAUUGUUUUUGUUUUCAGACCAAUCAUAGAAGAUGAAGAUGAUGAUGAUAAGUGUGUACUGUUAAAUAAUGUCCCCCUCACUCCCCACUCACAUCAAGUUUUUUUACCCCAUUUAGAUGUUAUUUGAUUGACUUUGAACUUUGAGUGAAAUUCUAUUUAUUUAAGUUCAGUUUUCUUACUUUUUUUCUUUUUCCUUCCUAAUCAAAGAGUAACAAAAUCUAUUGUUUGGUGGUUUAUUAAUGUUUUAGUUGCCGUCACACAUCUAGGCGUCAUUGUUCAUGGUAGAAAAGAUUUUUUUUUCCCCUUCUAAUUUAUUUAGACGCCAUCAUUAAACUGUGAAAAGCUUUAGAAAUGCAUUAAAAGUUUUUACAUUUUUAGUCUAGUCUUUUGUUUUUAUUAUUUAAUUUAUUUGAUUUUUCCCAUUUAAAUCAAAGAAUUCAACUGUUUGCUUUAUGUAUUUUGUGCUGUAAAAUAAAAUCAUAAGUGUUUUCAGAUUAAAUUUGUCUUUAAGACUUUUCUUUGGUUAAAGACACAGUGCAUAGUGCUGGAUAAUUUAAAAAUGUAAAACAGAAGGCGAACAUUUAUGUAUUAUAAACAAUGAAUAGAAAACUGUAUAACUUUAAAUAGCUACUGCAAUUUAUUGUCUAAUCAAAAUUAUUUUGAGUAACCUGUAGUCAGAAGUUAUGAUGAAGCUGUAACAAGUGUUAAUAGUUUAUAGAAUAAUCAAACAAUUUUUAGCAUGAAUUAAAUCUAUAACAUAUUUCUGUGACUUGUAAAACUGCAAUGUAAAACAACUUAUUGUUCCGAAAAAGUCUUCUAACCCCAAAAUUUAGCCACGCACAUUUUAUUUUUACAAAUUUUAGGAUACAGCAAUUUUUUUUUUUUCCCUUUUCUUUAAUAUUUUUAUUUUUGUUUUACACAAGAUAAGUUUUGUCCUAAGUUUUUAAAUACAGAUGAAAGUUUUUAUUUCAUUUUCAGGAUUGUCAGUGUGGAAGAAGAGUUGCCACCAGAUCCAGACUUUAAUCAAGGUAAGAAAAACAAAAUUAACUUCUAAAUUUUAAUUUUAAAUAUUUUAUGAAAUAUAUUAUUCUCUUACAAGUAUAGAUGUUGAUUACCAAAUAAAUAUUUACACACAUUAUACCUCUCUUUUUUAAUACAUUAAGUUAUAUAAUUCAAAUAUCUAGUUAUAUUACAUUGAAGUUUAUGUUUGUAAAACAUAUGCUAUCCAAAUGAGGAAAAUAAAAGCAGAAAAAGUACACAGAUUGGAAAUAAAGUAAAAAAAGCAUUCUUAAAAGAAAAAAGAAAUUUAAUUUAAAAAAAAAAAUAGAUAGUAAAUUUUAUUUGCAUUUUUAUUAUUGCCUUACACAGAAGCUGAACCAAUGUCAGAGGUUGAUUUGAGAGAAGCAUCAACUGCCAUAGACAUUUUUGGUCUCUCUUUGGUAAGGAAAUAACACAUUAGAGAAUCUGACAUAAAAAAGAAUUUAAAAAAAAAAAUAUCUAUUCUGCUUCAGUACGGAAAAUAAAAUAUUGGUUUAUAUUCCAUGUAUAUGGUCCUCAUUCAUUAAAUCAUUCUAAAUCAUUUUUUUUAAUGCAAAAAAAAUCAAUUCUGUAUUUGAUGUUUUUUUGUCAAGCUGAUAAAUUAUUUGUUUCAUUUGCUUAAAUAGUAUUUUAAAAAAAAGUUAUUUAAAAAUGUAGGUAUCCAAAGCCUACUCAAAAACGUGGUCCUACAGAGAAGAUGCCUUAACGGCUGUGCACCACCAGAUGCAGCAAAUGCAAACAGGAAAUAAGGAAGAGGCCAAGUCAAUGAUGAGAGCAGCUAUCUUCUUGGUCAAGCGUGGUAUAGAUGAUAAAGUUUAUGCUGUAAGACAUUUUAAAUAAAAUUAAAAAUACUUUUUAACCAUAGUUUGAGGCAAAUUUUAAUUUAAAGUCGAAAUCUUUCCAGAAUCCUUAUAUAAAAUUUCAAAUAAAUGUUUGAAUUUGAUUACUUUUUACAUGCUGAUGGUUUAUGUUAAAUCCAUUGUAUCUCACUGUUUGAAAGGUUUUCAAAGCAGCCCUCAACCUGCUUCGUAUGCUUCUCACGGAAUUUAUUUCCAAACAUAAGUAAGUCAUUCUGUGGUCUAAUUGUGGUCUGACUGGUCUAAAUGUGGUAUAACCAUGGUCUAACUGUAAUCUGAUUGGUCUAACUGGGGUCUGAUUGGUCUAACUGUGGUCUAACAAGGGUUUGAUUGAUCUAACUGUGGUCUAAUCGGGGUCUGAUUGGUCUAACCUGGGUCUUAUUGGUCUAACUGGGGUCUGAUUGGUCUAACUGUGGUCUAACCGGGGUCUGAUUGGUCUAACUGGUCUAACCGGGGUCUGAUUGGUCAAACUAUGGUCUAACCGGGGUCUGAUUGGUCUAACUGUGAUCUAACCGGGGUCUGAUUGGUCUAACUGUGUUCUAACCGGGGUCUGAUUGGUCUAACUGUGUUCUAACCGGGGUCUGAUUGGUCUAACUGUGUUCUAACCGGGGUCUGACUGGUCUAACUGUGGUGUAAAGUGUUAAACAUCAUGAAAACCGAUAAAAACUCAUUUUGUUGAAGUCCUUAAGUAAGUUCAUUAUUAUGUUCAAGUAUUUUCUUUGGUUCCAAGCUUUAAAAGAAAAUAUAGACAAGAAACGCAUCUGUUCAUAGAAAAUCUAUUUAUCUAUUUGAGCCCACUUCUGACGUGUUGUGGAGCAUCAUCAGUUGCGUUUACACAGUAUCCAUAUAACCUUUGAAGAGAGCACUAUAUGAACACUUAAACUUAAUGGCUUUAACUGUCUGUCUGGCCCAGGUUGGGUAAAGCUGAUGUGUCCAAUGCUGUAGAGAGGAGUGUGCCGAACUUGUUCCACAAGGCAGGAGACACAGCAGUUAGGAACAGAGACGAUGCUAAGAGUUUUAUCAUGGACAUGGCCAGUUUUCCCGAGGUCAAGGUAACUCAUAUUUGUUAUUGACAUACAAAAAUGACAGGAGCACAAAUAUUUCCAGGGAACAAACAAAAAUAAUAAUAAUGGGCCAAUGUGACAGAAAGGAACUAAAAAUGAAAUGCAGGCAGACAAAAAAAGGAAAGCAAGUGAAAGGUUAGAAGAAAAAAAAUGCUAGUGUUUGCACAAAAAUAAAAUUGAACAUGUAAGCUGCUAUUAAAAAAUCUAUAUCUUGAUUCUGUAUAGUUUUAUAUAUAUAUUUAUGUAUUUAUAAGUUACAUGGGCGUUAAAAUGCAUGGAUAUCCCCCACUGGGAUACACCCUGGCCCAAUAGUAAUCUUAUUUGAGUUUAUUUUAUUUUUGAGUGUUUAUUAUGUGGGUUUCAUGAGCCACAAUGAAGCUAUCAUUUUUACAUUUUCACCUUGACUCUUUAAAUGUUUCUAAAACAAAUAUUUAUUUGAAUUUCACUGAAUUUUGUCAACUGCACAGACCACACAGACACUGGCCCAUGAAUGUGUCAAGCCUUUCAAGUUGACCCUGGGGCCAAGACAUGCACAAAGCCGCUGUGAGUUGGUCGAGUCACUCUACCAGAAAUUUGGUCUUAAAAAGUGAGUCAGCAAUCUGCAGUCAAAAUGGCUGGUGUCAAAACAUCAUUCCAACACUGAACACUUUAUCUGUUUACAAAAGACAGCGAUUCCUGGAGACAGGAUUUCAGCAAUAUUUGUAUUCAUAUGCAUCUUUAAGCCUUUGCGGACCAUUUAUAAGUUUGUUCUGAUGAGAAAAAAAAAAUAUGUGAAUGGCAUGAUGCUCACCUAGACUCAAACAAGUCUGCUAUUGAAAAAAAAAUUAAUCCCAGGCCCUUUGUGAAAAAAAAAGAAUACCAAGUAUCAAAGUGCAGAGGGUGAGAGAGGGCUAGUAAAUUUUUAUAUCGAGAUGUUCCUAAUCCAUAAUGAGAGAACAGCCAAGCUCUAAAAGCAAUGUGACCAAGAACUUGUAAUAAUUUUCAUUUUAUUUAGAUGGACCCAGUUUGUCAAAUAAAGGUGUCUGAAAUGUUAGUUAGGAAUAUGGGUAAUUUAUCAAUUAGGGAUAGCAGUACUUUAUUUUAUGUAAAUCUCUGGCAGGUUAGGUGUCUGAAAUGUUAGUUUGGGGAUAUCAGUAUUUUAUUGUUAGGAAUAUCAGUACUUUAUAAGAUAGGAAUAUCAGUACUUUAUAAGUUAGGUAUAUCAGUACUUUAAAAGUUAGGAAAAUCAGUACUUUAUAAAUUAGGAAUAUCAGUACUUUAAAAGUUAGGAAUAUCAGUACUUUAUAAGUUAGGUAUAUCAGUUCUUCUCUUCAUUUUAUGUAAUUCUUUAGCUUGUCAGGUGUCUGAAAUGUUAGUUAGGGGGACAUCAUUAUGUCACCUGGUCAGAGUAAAACUUUUAUUUCUCAUUUAGAGCACUUUUAAAACUUUGGGGUCUAUACUUCUAUACUAUUGUCAUGUCAAUACCAGUCUAUACCAUUGUCAUGUCAAUACCAGUCUAUACCAUUGUCAUGUCAAUACCAGUCUAUACCAUUGUCAUGUCAAUACCAGUCUAUACUAUUGUCAUGUCAAUACCAGUCUAUACUAUUGUCAUGUCAAUACCAGUCUAUACCAUUGUCAUGUCAAUACCAGUCUAUACCAUUGUCAUGUCAAUACCAGUCUAUACCAUUGUCAUGUCAAUACCAGUCUAUACCAUUGUCAUGUCAAUACCAGUCUAUACCAUUGUCAUGUCAAUACCAGUCUAUACCAUUGUCAUGUCAAUACCAGUCUAUACCAUUGUCAUGUCAAUACCAGUCUAUACCAUUGUCAUGUCAAUACCAGUCUAUACCGUAAGAAGAAGUCGGUAGCAUCAAUGAGCCUCCUUUUGUCUCAUUUCGACAUGUCAGAAAAUUCCUUGCCUUGAGUCUAAUAGUGUGGGACGUGACACAGGCCUUGUCCAUUCAAUAAGUAAGAGAGACAUAAAAAAAAAGACAUAAGCCUGUUGUGUACACUAAUAAUUGAGGUUUCUUUUAUUAUGUUGCUUAAAGUGGACUGACAAUGGACAACGUGAUGAAGUUUAACGUGGAAGGUUUGAACCACAAUGCUGGAGAAGUAAGGGAGGUCAUUGAAAGGCUCAUUAAGCUCAUGUACAAGAACCAUGGACAACCCGUCAAAGAUUAUCUCCCUGCUGGUAGGUUGCUGUACAAUAGACAUUGAACUAAUUUGUCUUUGAUCUGCUGGGGGCCUAAAUAGCCCUUAUUUUCUGUACCUGUCGAAAAUUAGUCCCGUUACCUUUUUUUAAAAAAAUUUUUAAAAGAUAUGUUCAUAGAUUUUAUCGUCCUUUUCAAUUUUCCUUUUUUUUAAAUAUGGAAACUUCCACAUCAUACAAUUUUUGGUCAUUAUUUACUAUUUCUAGUAUUAGUUUUAAUAAAUAAUUCCAACUUUAAAGAAAAAAAAACCCAUUUGAUAAAUUCCUUAGAUGAUGACAAGACAAGAAAAAACACAUUAUGGCGUCAGCUGUUUGAAUACUUUGACCAAGUAGACGGGAAGCCAUCAAGACAAGACAUUAAGGUCAGUGGAAUAGUUUGACCAAGUAGAUGGGAAGCCACCAGGGCAAGAUGAUGAGUUGAGUUGAAUAGGUUGACCGGUUGGAUUUAAUUUACCACAAUUUACAUAAUGCUGCAUGCAAUGGGAGAGCUAUGAAUCUGUAAAAAUUCAUAGCUUUCCCAUUGCAUGCAGUGCUAUGCAAAAUUGUGGUAAAUUAACACCCCCAUGUCGAAUUUUAGUUAUUAUUUUCAUUUCUUUGUUUAGAAAUGAGUUACUAUUUGAACAUCAUUCUUGAGCUCCGGAGUUUUCAAUAAAUGCAAUAUUUUUAAAAAUGUAGUCCUCAUUGAUGCACAUGACGCAGUUUAUGGACAAAAUCAACAACAAUUUAUUGUAUAAGUUUAUCCAAAAUAUAUAGCAUUUCCCUUUUUAUUUCAAAUACUUAAUAACAAAGUUUUUCAUAAACUUGUAAAUCAUUUUCGUUUCCCAUUCACUGUAUUAUACAAUAGAAACAAAAGACGGAAGAGGAACAGAAGAAACAGGCAGAAAUUGAUGCCUUACAGAAACAACUGCAGCAGCUCCGUGAGAUGAAUUCUGUCAAACCUGUAAGUAAACAUAUCACCGAGUCCAUUCUUUAUUUUUCAAAAUUUUGUUUCAUUAUUUUGUAAAGCAAACCAUUUUAAACAAGCAGUGGUUAAUACAAUGUUGCUCUCUUCUUGGCGUUUAUUACAGGAGAACAUUAAGAUAUUUAGAAAAAUAUGUUAAAUGUUUGUGUAUGAUCUCCACCUCUGGUCAUCCAAAGUACCCAGUUGUCUCAUUUGUUUUUUAGAACACAUGAAUGUACACCAGAAAUUUAUUGAUAAAAACCAAACUUCAUUGUAAAGCUCCUUUUAAAGAUCCCCUUCCAAUUCAAACCAGCGAUUAAAAAACACAAGACACCGUAGUGAAUGAUAUUUCCAUCAAUACUAAUACUUAGUGCAACAACAGGGCUUUUUUUUUAUAUAUAUAUAUAAAUAGAUGACAUUUAAAUUUAAUCAUUCACACAAUAAUUUCCUGGCUGUCAUACAAGAUUUUUCUAGUUCCUUUUUUUUCUACUUGUUUCAGAAGAUGCAAUAAAAAAUCUAUUACACAGGGGCAUAAUAAUACCAAUAAACUAGCAAGUUUGGAAUAUUAAAUAAUGCUAAAGUAUCAUUUAAAAAUGUUCUGUUAAAAAUGAAAUAACGGAGCAGUUAUAUGAUGUCAAAGACUUGUAAUUCUUAAAUAUGGUAGCUAUUCCCAGAGUUUAUUUCUUAUUCAAGUAACAUCAUCAGCUCAGAGGUUUUUUCCAUCAAAUGUCAGAUAUAAUUUUAUAUAUAUAUAUAUAUAUAUAUAUAUAUAUAUAUAUAUAUAUAUAUAUAUAUAUACACACACAUUUUAGUUUUAAAAAAUCUUUUUAUUAUAUAUAUAUCAGAAAAUCUCUUUUAUUUAUUUUUUAUUCAAGUAACAUUAUCAGCUCAGAGGUUUUUUUUAUCAAAUGUCAUAUAUAAUUUUAUAUAUAUAUAUAUAUAUAUAUAUAUAUAUAUAUAUAUAUAUAUAUAUAUAUACACACACAUUUCAGUUUUAAAAAAUCAUUUUAUUAUAUCUAUAUCAGCAAAACUCUUUUGGACUUUCUGUAGUUUUAGCUCUACCAAAGUGUUUCAAAAUUCCAUAUAUAUAUUGAAUAUGAUUAUAAAAUGUGGUAAGCACAUACACAAGUAAAUAACUUUAUAAUUUGUGGAGAGAAAAAAGUUAAUGUAUUUAGUAAUUUUAGAAACAUAGUUUUUCAUACAUUUUAAAAGAAAUGUUUGAUAUAAUUUGUAAAGAUUUUACAUAUAGCAUGUGUAAUUUAAACUACAUCUGAUUCAGUUUAUGUUAUUGUAAAUUCAAAAAGAUUAAAUAAAAAUUGUUCUCUUGAAAAUUCUGCAUCCAUUAUAUCACUAUAAGUACAUUUCAUAUUUAUAAGUUUCUAAUCAGCCUAUGAUACAGAGGAAUCCACAAUGCACACCUGGGUGGUGAGCAAGAUGGCUCAUCAAACUGUGCCAGGAAAUGUGCUAUCCAGGCCAAAGUAGAAAACAUUACACUUAAAUUUAUAUCAAAACUUAUUUUACUGGACUCUUAAGAGUUAAAGCUACAUUAUAAUAAGGGGGCAUAAUAGAAAGGAAGUGGGGAGGAGAGAACCCCAAUCAGAUCAGGAAGAAGGAAAUAUGUGAAACAAAGAUAUGGAAAACCUGAAGAAGAAAAAAAGACAACAAAUGCUCCAAAGACUUGGCCAUCACCACUAUUGUGUCCUGUUCUAACAAGCCUGCCAUCGUAAAUUUAGAGAACAGACUGAUACACACCUAAGGGACCUUGACAACAUAUGACAUCAAUGUCUUGCUCUCCUUCAUAUGUUAGAUCUUUUCUCCUCCCCCUCCUUGUUACAGCCAAUCACCAUGGACUUACUUUUCCUCUCUUUCUUCCCCUUCUGCUGAUAUUAACUCUAUUAAUGGCCUAUUACAUUCCUCUUGCUUUCCUCUCAAAUACUACAUUUCAGUGUUUAUUUUAAUUUUAAUAUUUGUGGUACUCGUUGUUUGUUCACUAAAGAAGGCUUCUUGCCGACACCUUUUUUUCAUUAUGUCUUUAUUUUUUUCAGAUUUUCCCAUACUUUUUUUCACAUAAUUUCCUUAAAGUUUACAGGAAAAAAUGCUUAUGGACCAUUAACAAUGUACAUUACCACCAACAUAUCUCUUCACAUAUUAAAUUAUCAUUUAUAUACAAGGAUCAUGCUUACUCUUUAAAAAUUUUCUCACUUGCAAAUUUUUUCUUGUAUUCUUAAAUAAUGUCUCUUAUUGCUGUAAUGAUGAACAACUCUAAUGUAUUUAUUUUAUGCAAUGUUAAACUUAAUUUAUUAAAGCUACGAAGUGACAGGAGUUCUGAUGUAAGAAUUUUUAAUAACUGUAAUUUUUAAAAAAUGUUUUCCUCAUUAGAUUGACUGACUUAGUUCAGAGUUUAUGAUUUGCAUUUAAUUUACAAUAUACACCUGAGAAAACUAAAAUUAAAAAAAAAAAGCUUUCCUUUUUUUUUUUAGCCCAAUGGCGUGUGCGUUAACAUUUCUUUCUCUUGUUAUUUCUCAGUUUACUUUUUGACCUCUAGAGCUCUAUUCUUUAAAAACUAACAAUAGCAAAUUGAAAAAAUAUCUAGUUGAUUUGCUAUACAAAAAAUAGUUUGAAGUAAUAAUAAUAAUAAUAAUACGUUUAUAGAAAAAGUAAAUAAUAAUGUUUGUUAAAUAUUACAAUCUCUAAAUGCAUUGGAUGAGCCUGUUAAUUAAUUUUUGUGUCAUUAUUUUUUUCUCUCUAUAUGGUUUUUUUUUUUUUCAAAAUAAUUUAUUGUUUGAUAGAGAUUGUUAUAUUAUUGAUCCAACUUAAAACAACUGAAAUUACUUUUUUUUAAUUAUUUUUUUUUUAAGCUAAGUUAUGACAAAAAAGGAUAUGCUUUCCCCAGCUCUUCAUGUUACUAUUCUUAUGACUCCUGGACAGAAACAUUUUCCUUAGUGCUACUAGUAUAAAAAAACAAUAUAUAAGUUAUUUUUACUAUAUACAGUUGUUUCUUUAAGUUUUUAAAGUUUAAAAUUCAAAUUGAAUAUAAAAUAAUAAUAAUACAAAUUUUUAGACAACUUUAUACAUGUCAGAAAAUAUUAAAUUUCCAUUGUAAAACUAUUAAGAAGUAACAGCUGAGCACAUUUUCAUCCAUCCCAGACAAAUAUCUCCAUUGUCAGACAUUAUCUCAUCAUAAUCACCUUUCUUUUCCCCUUACAUCAUGAACACACUUCAAAACGUUUACGUAGAUCUAGUGUGUGCUGUGAACCUUAACCUCACAAUGAGCUUCAAUUAGUUUUUUAAAGGCAUUUUAAAAGCUUCUUGCACACAUUAAUAUUUUUUCCAGCCUGUAGACGCUUCAAAGAAAGAACCAGCCAAGAAAGCUGUAGUACCGAAGGUAUGGCCAGUCCAGAAGUUCUUGGCUAAAGGGAUGGCCUCCUAGUUUUCAUUUACUGUUUUCAAAGUAUUCAUUUAUUUAUCAUAAAUUUUAAAAAUUUCUUAUGCUUAAGUACCAUAUUUCAUGGCUCAUUAUUAGCUGCAAACAAUCGCUAUAAUACACCCCGAAAUGAAAACUACACUUUUAAAAUAGUGGAUGGCAUUCAGUGCUGUAAAACUUUCAGUCAGAUGUAAGUUUCAAAUGUGAACUUGGUGAAUAAGUUCUAGCUAUUUCUAUCUUCUUUUGUUGUUUUUCAAUCUGCCUAGUUUUUUAAAAUUUUAUUAGUUGCAUAUAAAAAUGUGUGCCCUCAUUUUUGUCUUUUCAUUUUUUUAUAAACCUCAUUAAGAAGCAAAAGAAUUGAGUUAAACAUUAUUUUAUUUAAAAGCAAUUGUAUCAGAAUUGAAUAUUACCAUAAAAAUUUUUCAAAUUAAAAAAUAACCUUAGCAUUGCAUCAUUAAUUUUUUUUUUUUAAACAUGGAUAAUUUAUUAUCAAUGAAAUUCUCACUAGAUUUUUAAAAAAAUGUUGCUUCACCUGUUGUGUAAGCCAUUAACUUUGCUUUAAGUAAGUGUCGUACACUUUUAACAGAAAAAAACAGAAUCCUCCAAACCAAAGAGCAAGGCAAAAACUUCAAAGGAUGAUGAUGAUGCCUCCAUGUUUACUGUUGAUAAGUGAGUUACCCACCAUGGUCUUUGGUUGAGCGCAAUAUGUUUAAAUAACAUGGAUGCAACUUUUUUAAUAAUAGUAAGGCUUCAUUGUGUCCAAACCACUUAUGCACUGGUCAAAAACAGUAAAUAGGCUUGACCUGGAUUGCAAGGAUUCAAUUAAGAGUGUUUCCAUCUUAAAGAGAGGAGAUAGGAUUUUGCUCAUUAUUUGAAAAUGGAUGCCAAAACGUGCCAAAAAUAUUAUAAAUCCAACUAUACGGAAGUAAAAACAAAAUGUACAUUUAAAUAAAAUCAGCAAUGCAUUAAAAUAUAAUGGAAAAGACAAGCAUGUGUAAAAAUAUUUAUACAUUUUAUUAACUCUACUCUAUUAUUUUCCAAGCAUCUGCAUUUUCUGUGGUGAGAGAAAUGAAAGUUUUACAGAGGAAGGUCUAGACAUUCACUACUGGAAGAAUUGUCCGAUGUUGAAACGCUGCACCAACUGCAAACAGGUUGUUGCAAUUUUCUGUUUUUUUUUUUUUUUUUUUUGCUUUUUUAAAGUCUUCCUGGUUUGUUUUUUUUUUUUUUUUUUUUUUUUUAGGGGUUAAUUUUUUUAAAUGGGGAAAAAUUUUAAAAUUAAAAAAACACACCAAAAAUUUUUUUUUUUUUUUUUUUUUUCUUUUUUAAAGUUUUUAUUGUUUGUUUUUUUUUUUUUUUACAUACUGUUAGGGGAUAAUUAUUUUAAAUGGGGAAAAAUGUUACAAUUAAAAACACACACCAAAACACAAAAUGUAACAUCAAGAAUAUGCAAAAAUUAUUAAACUAAAUAUAUAUUGUUUUUUAAAAAUAAUAUAAAAUAUAAUAAAACUAAAGAAUUAGUGAAGCACAUUUUCUCUUUCAGUUUGACAUGUGUAAAUCCCAUCUGCUUAGAUUGAUUAACUUUGAAGUAAAAAUUAUUGAAAUGUCUUGACACCAGGUUGUUGAAAUAGCCACCUACACUGACCAUGUCCUGAGUGAAUGUGAUGCCAAAUCAAAUUUCAGUAAAUGCCCCAGAUGCUCAGAAGCGAUCACCAAAUCUGAGUAUGACCAGCAUGUGGCAGAGAAAUCUUGUACCCGUAAGCAUAUCUUACAAUGCCCCAUUAGAAAAUCUGAUUCAUUUAGCACUGGUUUGUUAAUCUGAUUUAAUUUUUUUCUAUUGCCUUUCAGUAUUCACCAGUAAUUUAGUCUUCUGGCUCUGGUUCAAUGUCAUUGUCUGUAGCUUGUACUUUCUCAUAAAAUUUAUUACUUAAACUAUAUAAUAGUUGCAAUAUUUUUUAUUUAUCAUCAUGAUAUCCUAUGCUAUCAUAUUUCUUUACCUCUACAUAGAAGAAUAUAAUAAUUUUUUUUUUUUUUAUUUCUAAACUUCCUAUUUUUACUCAAACUUGGGUAACAUAGUUGGAACUUCUGUAUCACCUAAUAAUCCAUUGUUGAUUUUUUUUUAUGCAGCAUCCAAAUCAGGAACGAAUCAUUGUCCACUGUGCCAUGAGAAUAUAUCAGCUGGGGAGGAUGGAUGGAAGGACCAUCUAAUGGGACGAACUGGUUGUAAACAGAACCCUCGGCGGUUGCUAGCCCUUAACAAACCCCCAGGCGGGGCAACAGGUAUGUAGAGUCGUGCAGAGGCAACAGAUUAUGUGAUAGAAAGCCUGGUAAAUAAUAUGUAGAAUGGCAGCAGACAUGAACAAGCACAGCCACAAUGAUAUAGUUGUACAGUCGUCUUGGGGUCAUUAUUUUUUUUAACUGUCUUUUGUGAUAUAUUUUAAAUUGGUCAGUCUUACAUAUGUACCUUAUUUUACAGGGACAGCCAUUAUUGACACACAUUAUUUUUUCACAUUGUUUUGUAAAGUGCCCCUUAGAUCUUAGAUCUGAUCUAUCCAUUGCAUCUAAUUAAAAACUAAGGGGUCAAAUGUUGCUGGUAAAGUAGCUAUUAACAUUCCUUGGUAAAGUAUUAAAUAAAACCAGCAUCAAGGAAUCCUAAAAGCUAAUAAUAAGUAAUUUGCAUUAUUGCAUCUAACUGAAAAGGUUUCGAUUUUCAUGGAUGUUUGUUUGUUUCAGUGUCAAAGCCUGCAGCACGAGGCCGGGGAGGAAAGGCGGGAGCUGUACGAGGAAGAAAAUAAUUCUAAUACACUUAGUAAAGCCCGAUAUUCCUACUGUCAAAGCCAGUAGAUUAAGCACUUAACCAUUCCUUCCAGGCAGCACAAGACAAAUUGAAUUAGAGCGACUUUUUAGAAAUAAAUUAGAUAGACCUAAAAUAAGUAGUUAAUUUUUGUAAGAUCUUGUGAUCGAAAGGCAGCGAUCCACAUCAGUGAAACUUGACUCGGGCUUGAGCUACCUGAUUUAUUAAUUGGUGAAAUGGAUUCAAGUUUUUCAUACAAACUUUUGGAAAGAAGUUGCGAACCGCACAAAUGCCACUAAACGUUUGCUACUUCUUUUUUUUUCCCUUUUACAUAUGCUAUUCUGGACUGAGUUAUGAUGAUGACAGUGACAGGACUCACACAGAAAGCCAUAAAAAUACAUCUGACUCUAUUAGCUCUUAGCCAUGAUGAUUAAGCAACUUAAAACAGUUUUUUUUUCUGUUUUUCAACAAUUAAAAAAAAAUUUGAUAAGUGGUAUAUAUUAUUAUACAUGCUUGAAAACGCCUCUGUGAUGUUGAAGCUUUGUAUUUGCACAUAUUAAUGUAACUUUUGUAUUUAGAUAUAAUUAUGAUAUCAAUAAUGUACUACCAUGUUGUUACCCAGUCAUCCUCUGUAAAGUUUAGCAAUGCUUACACUUAUAGUGACAUCAAGCCCAGUUAUUGUCUGUUAAGUUAAGCAAUGCGCACAUUUACAGUCACAUCAAGCAACUUCUACAAAAACUUGAUUAUUAUUAUGUUUGACAUGACCCAGUCAUCGUCUGUAAAGUUGAGCAAUGCUUACACCUAUAGUGACAUCAAGCAACUUCUACAAAGACUUGCGUAUUAUUAUUUUUGACAUGACCGUUGCUGACACUGGACAGGUCAAUCAUCAUAGGUUGACGGUAAAAGAAAAAUGUGACAAUCACCACUCUCAUAACUAAUUUGAUGUGCGAGAUAUUAUUCCCUCUGUGCCUUGUAAAAUGUUUCAUUUCAAUUGCUUGUAAUUUUUCAAACUUGCCAAAAUUUAAAAAGUUGACUUUUUUUCUUUUAAAUUAAUUAUAUUUACAAAGUAAUGGGGGAAAAUCAGAAACUUUUUCUUAGAUAUUGUGUAAAUUAAAUUUUUUUUAAAAUCUCAAUAUGCGUACCAAAACAUAUUUUAAAAAAGUAAAUCACAACCUUGCUCACGUGGUUAUUGAAAAGAUGGGUGGGGGCUAGUUUCUUUUAUAUAAUAAUUUAAUGAAAGUAUAACUUCCAAAAUAUUUAAGACUAUUUCAAGUUUUGGAAUUUUCCUCCAGCCAUUCUGUGUUCUUCCAUAUUUUUUUUUUCAGUUUCGCUAUUUUGAUAUUUAAUUUUUGAGGUUAAUUGCCAUUUUUUUGGGUCCAUCCUGCAGAUAGUUUUAAUUUUAAUAACUUCAAUUAUUUUACAACAUGAAGUAUAAGGGCAGUCAAUUUAAACAUUAAAAUUUUAUUUUCAUUAUAAUAAAAAGAACCCAGCCGAAUGCUAUUUUCCUUGAACCUCACAGCUGUUUCCCCUAAAGUCAGUUAUUUCUAAAAUUAUUCAAUAUUUUUUUUUUUAAUGUUGUUUUUUUCAAAGUUUGUACUGGUAUAUUAUAAAGUAGUUUAUAAAAAUGAACUUUUUGUAUUAAUUGAUGUUGUAGAUGUUAUUUAAAAAAUCACUUAAUAAUGCAGACAACCCAUUAAAGACAUGUAUAAACAUU